GGCUGGCGGCAGCAGCGAAUGGACUCGCGGGUAUCGGAGCUGUUCGGCGGCUGCUGCCGGCCCGGAGGGGGCCCUGCCAUGGGCGGAACCCUCAAGGCUAGGGGGGCCGGCGGCAGCAGCGGCUGCGGGGGCCCGAAGGGGAAGAAGAAGAACGGAAGGAACAGAGGGGGCAAAGCCAACAAUCCCCCGUACCUGCCCCCCGAGGCUGAAGAUGGAAACAUCGAAUAUAAACUGAAGCUGGUGAAUCCAUCCCAGUACCGCUUUGAGCACCUGGUCACACAGAUGAAGUGGCGGCUGCAGGAGGGACGCGGUGAGGCUGUCUACCAGAUCGGGGUGGAGGACAACGGGCUGCUGGUGGGGCUGGCCGAGGAGGAGAUGCGGGCCUCCCUCAAGACUCUGCACCGGAUGGCAGAGAAGGUCGGGGCAGACAUCACUGUCCUCCGGGAGCGAGAAGUGGAUUAUGACAGUGACACACCCCGCAAGAUCACUGAGGUGCUGGUACGAAAGGUCCCGGACAACCAGCAGUUCCUAGACCUCCGUGUGGCCGUCCUGGGGAACGUGGACUCUGGGAAGUCGACCCUGCUUGGAGUCCUGACCCAGGGAGAGCUGGACAACGGGCGGGGCCGGGCCCGGCUCAACCUUUUCCGCCACCUGCACGAGAUUCAGUCUGGCCGAACCUCCAGCAUCAGCUUCGAGAUCCUGGGCUUUAACAGCAAGGGAGAGGUGGUGAAUUACAGCGACUCCCGGACGGCAGAAGAAAUCUGUGAGAGCAGCUCCAAGAUGAUCACCUUCAUCGACCUGGCCGGCCACCACAAGUACCUCCACACCACCAUCUUCGGCCUCACCUCCUACUGCCCCGACUGCGCCCUGCUGCUCGUCAGUGCCAACACUGGCAUUGCCGGCACCACGAGGGAACAUCUGGGGCUGGCCCUGGCCCUGAAAGUGCCCUUCUUCGUCGUGGUCAGCAAGGUGGACCUGUGUGCCAAGACCACAGUGGAGAGGACGGUCCGCCAGCUGGAGCGAGUCCUCAAGCAGCCUGGCUGCCACAAGGUCCCCAUGCUGGUCACCUCCGAGGACGACGCUGUCACCGCGGCUCAGCAGUUUGCCCAGUCACCCAACGUCACCCCUAUCUUCACGCUGUCCAGCGUGUCUGGAGAGAGUCUGGACCUCCUCAAAGUCUUCCUGAAUAUCCUCCCGCCUCUCACCAACAGCAAAGAGCAGGAGGAGCUCAUGCAGCAGCUGACAGAAUUCCAGGUGGAUGAAAUCUACACAGUGCCGGAGGUGGGGACGGUUGUUGGAGGGACACUUUCCAGCGGGAUUUGCCGUGAGGGGGACCAGCUGGUCGUGGGCCCCACGGACGACGGCUGCUUCCUGGAGCUGAGAGUGUGCAGCAUCCAACGCAACCGCUCCGCCUGCCGUGUGCUGCGAGCCGGCCAGGCCGCGACCUUGGCCCUCGGGGACUUCGACCGCUCGCUGCUGCGCAAGGGCAUGGUGAUGGUGAGCCCCGAGAUGAAUCCCACCAUCUGCUCAGUGUUCGAGGCAGAGAUCGUCCUCCUGUUCCAUGCCACCACCUUCCGCCGGGGGUUCCAGGUGACGGUACACGUGGGCAACGUCCGCCAGACGGCUGUGGUGGAGAAGAUCCACGCCAAGGACAAGCUGCGGACCGGGGAGAAGGCAGUGGUGCGUUUCCGCUUCCUGAAACACCCGGAGUACCUGAAGGUGGGCGCCAAGCUGCUGUUCCGCGAGGGUGUCACCAAGGGCAUCGGCCACGUCACUGACGUGCAAGCCAUCGCAGCGGGAGAAGCUCAGGCCAACAUGGGCUUCUGAGUCCUCCAGGCGCGACAGCUCUCUUGCUGUCCCAACAAUACAUAAGGUGACUUCUGGCCAUGCUGCCCUUGGCUGGCGGCUCUGUGUGUUAAUAGGCUAGGGAGACGGGGUGCUCUCUGCCACUUGCCCCCAGCCCUUUCUGGAGAGGUGCCAAGCUUGAUGUGGCCAGAAAGGAGUCCUGAGGGAGAAGACAGAAGUCAGGCCAGUGCCCCGAAGCUGUGCGCCCACCUCGUUGACUCACAACCUGGCAACCCUGUGGCCUGGCUACUGGCAGGAGCUGAGCAGCCACCUCGGCCCUCCUACCGGGACGGGGCGAGAUUGGCCAGUGUCGUCUCUGCACUUCAGGAAUUGUCACAAACUGGGAUGGCCCUCGAAAGCACUCCAUUUUCUAUACCUCUUCUCAAGGCCAUCUAAGUUGCCCACCACUGACCGACUGCGGACAAAGGCAUCUGCUCUCGUCUAAUGACCCAGGGUCUGAAGAAAUGGCACAGAGACAGUGAAUGGCAGUGCUCGCCUCCCGUGCGGAGGCCAAGGCCUGCCCCUCAGCUUUAUCCUCCUCCCCUUCUUCACUCAAGGGCCAUUUCCCGUUCCUCCUCUCACAGGCCCCACAGGUGCUAUUUGUUGUGCUGGCCCCGGCGUGGGGCUGCCAAGCUCAGGCCUGGCACACCGGAGGCCAGCUGCACUCCUCUGCUGGCUCUCGUGCUGGGUCGGAGAGUGUUUCCCUUCCCCAGCUGCCGGCUGGGGACCGGCCCGCAGGCCCCGUGCUGUGCCCUCAGAAGCCCUCGUUUCCGGAAUUGGUAGCAAUCAUCCCCUUCCCUCUGUUGCAGGGAACCAGGAGGAAAGGGAAGGAUGUUGCCAUCCUGCCACUCUUUCGGCACGGACUCCUGCCUUGCCCUAGGUUAGCGUCCUGGGUUCCCGUGGACUCAGGGAUUUGUUGGUUGAGGUUUCUCUGCACACACACACACACACACAUAUAUAUGUAUAUAUAUUUAAAUACACAUAUAUAUUGUACAGAAUAAAAAAGUUUUAUUGAA